AUGUCUGGAUACGGUUACUCGGGAGGUCGUACUCGCUGCUUCAUGUUCUGGCAGGAGUUCAGCAAGGUGGGUGAUACAGUUAGUACAGCGCUGACUUCGCAGUGCUAUGCUGGUGCCGAUGAGCCUUCCCAGUGCAUUGCUCAGAAGGAGGACUACAUGGAGUGCCUGCACAAAACGAAGGAGAUCGAGCGGGCACAGGAGAUCAAGAAGACCUUUGUGUAG